AUGCCGUCAAUGACAAGAGAGGUGAGAGACGGCGUCAUCUUCACUCCUGCGUACGCCUGGAAUUCUUUGACCCGAGAGGAACGCCAAGAAGCAUCUGAGGACCUAGGCACUCUCGUUUCUUUCAUGGACGAGUACAUUCUUCCCCUAGGAAAGGCAAUUGAGGCCGAGGGAGCAAGCGAUGUCCGGGUUCACUACCAAGAGUUAUGGCAUGUCUUCAAGCCGGGAAGUAUCGUCUACGUCAAAGACCCGGCGGUCCCCCAGAAGCUUUGGCGUGUAGUCCAAGCUUGUAUACGCCUCGGAUCUGGCUCACUUGAAACUCAAGGACAUAGUCUCACGAGAAUGGGAGAAGAUAAGGAGGCAUGGGACUAUCUUCAAAUAGAUGACGGCCACAGAACCAUCAUCAAGUCUCUGAUGGCAACUCACUUCCGCAAGAACAAGUCUGAGCGGCGCCAAUUUGAUAUCAUCCAGGACAAAGGAAAGGGGCUUAUUGUGCUGUUGCAUGGGGUUCCUGGAGUAGGCAAAACUUCAACUGCGGAAACCGUUGCAGCCUACUACAAUAAGCCAUUAUUGCCAAUCACUUGCGGUGACCUGGGGAUGACUCCAACCGAAGUAGAAUCCAAUCUUCAGGCUGCUUUCCAGAUGGCACAAGCCUGGGAGUGUGUCUUGCUUUUCGACGAAGCCGACGUCUUCCUGGCCGAAAGAAUCCAAGACAACAUUGAGCGAAAUGCACUGGUAUCUGUUUUCCUUCGGGUGAUGGAAUACUACGAAGGCAUCCUCUUUCUCACGACUAACAAAGUAGGCUCCUUUGACGAGGCCUUUAAAUCCCGCAUGUCAAUGGCUUUGUACUAUUCACCCCUCACCCAUGAGCAAACGAAGAAGAUAUGGGAAGUGCAAAUGGAUCGCUCGGAAGAACUCUCAGUGGCAGCUGCACCAGAGAACGAGUCCCAGCACGUGAAAUUCAACCGCGAUGAGAUCAAAGCUCUUUCAACCACUCUCUGGAAUUUGCAGACAAUGAGGGAUGACCACAAGCCAGUUUGGAACGGAAGACAGAUCAGAAAUGCCUUCCAAACGGCCGUGGCGCUAGCCGAAUUCCAUCAGCAGGGGAAUCAUAUCCCGGGACCCAUCAUCGUCAAGGGCGAGCACUUUGGGGUACCGGUCGUCUUUCAUAAUCCGCAACAGUUUGGCAUGAUGGGAAUGGGUAGUAUGCAGAACAUGGGAAUGGCCGGGCCCGGGUUCAAUAAUUUGCAAAACCAGGGUAACCCCAUCGCCUCACAGUCGUCUCAAGCCGGCUUCGGCAUGGGUAACAUUGGGGUGAGCAACAACAAUACAGGCAACGCUGGUCUAGGAAGCUCUGGGAUGAGCGGCUCAAACACAGCCUUGGGUGCACAGCAUAGCAAUUCCAACAGUGCAGGCAUUCCGGGCCAAAAUCAGGCGGCACAACUAUCCCCUCAACAACAGCAGCGGUUCCAAGAAUUCCUUCGGUUUCAGCAACAGCAACAGCAGUAG